AUGGACGACACCGCGCGCGCCCGCUCGACGCCGCUCAACGGUAACGGCGACGAUGGCGAGUCGACGCCCAGCCAGCAGCGGCAGCGCCUGCAGCUCGACGAGGCCGACAGCACGCCGCGCUCUGAGGUCCCCUCGGACGCUGUCACUGCACAGCUGCGGCACGCCAUCGACGACGAGCAGCCCAGCUACUUUUCACCGCAGCCCCGCCGCACCUACUCGUCGACCAUCACACGCAGCACGCCCGCCUCGAGCGAACCGUCACCCUCCUCGAGUGCAAAUGCAUCGACAACGUCUGUCAACAAUGUCGCAGGCACGCCGCUAGGCGACGCCUUUAGACCCUCGGUGCACCCUCUCGCCCACGUCAACCGCCCCACCUACGAGCGCGAUCUCUCGAGCAUAUCAACCGCCAGCAACGUCACUGUCCGCCGCGCGAACCCCACCGGUCCCCUUCACCACUUCGCCUCCGAAGCUGCUGUCCCUCAGCAGCGUGAUGGUCCGGUCUACCCCAACCAGUCCUACGCUGCCCUGCAGUUCCAGCAAUACCCCACGCCGUAUACCCCGCCCAUCCAGCGCGCCCGGAGCUCACACCCUGCACACUUCUCCGCAAACUCCGUGUCUGCCAUCCCUUCGUUUGGCGCCUCGAAUGUCCACUACCGCGAUAUCAUGGAGUCGGCUCCGCGCACCGCCGGCAACUCCCCCGUCAGCAGUCCUGGCCUCUUCGACCCCACCAAACGCAUACCAUCCGGCUCGAGAGAGCCCACUGACGGCCUCUACUCUAGCCCGUGGCUCCACCACACCCACAGACAGGCACCGAAGGAGAGCCACAUCGCUGACGUAACCCACGACCCUGUGUCCGGCCGCAAGGUGGUCAAUCAGUACGAGAUCAUCGAUGAGCUUGGACGUGGUGUGCACGGCAAGGUCAAGCUAGGGAAGGAUUUGUUGAGCGGCAAGUACGUGGCCAUUAAGAUUGUGGAUCGUUACUCCAAGCGUCGACGUCUGGGCAAGAACACUAGUCACGAGGACAAGAUCAAGCGCGAGAUUGCCAUCCUCAAGAAGGCUCGACAUCCCAACAUCGUCAGCUUACUCGAAGUCAUAGACGACCCGGCUAAGAAAAAGGUCUAUAUAGUCCUCGAGCACGUUGAGCUCGGCGAGGUAAAGUGGAGGACGGAAGGCGCUCCCGAGGUCACCUUGGUCGAAUGGCGCCGCUUCCAGCGAGAAUCAGAAGGCAUCUUCGACGACGACAGAGCAGCACGAGAGGAUGAACGCAUCAUCAGGUUGGCACAUCAGAAGCUCGCCCGACAACGGCGCCGUGAAGCAAGGGAAGCCCACCUUCGUCGUCAGACCGUUACAGGCAACGAGCCUUGGAGCUUUGAGUUUGGAGGUGACUCUGAUGACGACCUCUACUCUGAAGCCGGCCGGAGCUCUCGAGCCUCCAACCGUGACGAGCGUCCCCACAGCCGUGUCCAGUUCCACGAACGUAAAGAGCUUUCCACUCAUACCGAUGACACGAUGGAGACUGCGUUCCGCUCAUCUAUCCACGCUCCCGACUCCAACAAGGGUGAAGAAGUAACUGCCACCGGCCUUGAAGGGACAAUGUACGGCCCAUACGAUUCAGAGUUCGUCCGCGGUCGCACGCCUAGUGUUGCCGGCAGCAGUUCCUCUCACCCAGAGGGCGAGCAUGACGAGGUACCAGAGCAUUUCCGCUAUGUUCCACUCAUGACGAUACAAGGCGCCUGGGAGGCCUUCAAAGACACCGUACUGGGUCUUGAGUACCUCCACUAUCAGAACGUUAUUCAUCGCGAUAUCAAGCCUGCCAACCUUCUCGUUACAAAGGAGCACCGCAUCAAGAUUUCUGAUUUCGGGGUGUCCUACCUCGGGCGCCAGAAGACCGAUGAGGGUUUCGGAGACCAAUCUGAGAACGAGAUACAAGAAGAGGACGAAGCCAUCGAGCUAGCGAAGACAGUGGGCACACCGGCCUUCUACGCACCCGAACUCUGUCGCACUGAUUUUAGUGCCGAGACUCCACACAUCGACGGGGGCAUCGACGUCUGGGCUCUAGGAAUUACUCUGUAUUGCCUGAUCUACGGGCGGGUCCCCUUCCACGAAAACAACCCCUUUGCUUUGAUGAAGGCCAUCAGCGAAGACGAACCUUACAUACCACGUUACCGACUAAAGCCUGUCUCCGAGCGCGCGAAUUCCAGGCCGAACUCACACGGGCGCAACAUGCAGCCGAUCUCGAACGCCAAGAGGGCGCCGCAUGACGUUGAUUACGAGGAGAUUGACGAGAACCUUCGUGAUUUGCUGAAGCGUCUUCUUGUAAAGGACUCUCAGCACCGCAUCACCAUACAUGAGAUCAAGAGGCAUCCAUGGCUGCUCCAAGGUAUCAACAACUAUACCUCCUGGAUGGAAGAGACAGAUCCCAACCGUUCCUCGCAAGGUCGUAAGAUCGAGAUUACAAACGACGAUCUAGAGAGAGCUGUUGUGCCCGUUGGCUUCGUUGAGCGGGUACGGUCAGCUGCAAAGAAAGCUACGGACUACGUCACCAAAAGCUUUACCAGAGGUGGUUCGAGCUCACGUCGUCGUGCGCAGAGCUCUGCACACGAUAUGCUACCCAGUAUGAGCACCACCUCCUCGAGUAGUACCAUUAGCCAGGACGCACGACGAGGUAGCGUGGCACCUAACGCCAUUCUGGACAUGUUGGGCAGAUCUCGCGAGUCGGAGCAUCCUCUCUCGCACAGCGUCACUGCGAGUCCUGAAGCAAAGGAACGAGCAAAGUACUUUGACAGUCCUGAUUCUCGAAAGGCGUCGCCUAUGCAGAACGUGGAGACUUACCGGCCAGCCAUGCAGGAUCGAUCCUUCUGUUCUGCGUACACUAUCCGUCAACCCGACCUGGAACCCCGGUCUACUUCACCAAUGGUUCCCUCAGCGCUGCCUGGCACUCCAACUGCGUUAGAUACGCCUACUGGAUCGCACUUGGGGGGCUUGUUCGGAGGUCUACCACGCAGGGUUGUCAACAGCAUGAAGAGUAAAGACAAACUUAGACCUCGAGAGCACAUUCGGAAGAAGUCAUUCGACAAGUCGAUUGACAGACUCAUGGUCGGCGAACAGGAUCCCCACGGUGUCCCGAGCCUUGCCAUAAGCACGACCAAUGCGUCUGGUCAUGUCGACCAGCCAGAUCCGAAGGAGCUAUCACCUGUUGCAAGGAGUCGAUCGCCCAGCUACUCGGACGCACACUCUAUCGAUCAUCCGGACUCGUCAUCACGGCAGUCAUCGGUAUCAUCAUUGUCGUCCCGUCUUGCUGCUAGAUGGGCUGCCGCGAAUGAGCUCGAGCUUGGCCCCACUCUGGACAUACCUCCUGGCUCUUGGAAGUCACAAACUUCAUCUCGAUCUGCCCAUACUGCAAACUCUCACUGGCUCUCGAGUGCUCACGAAACAUCGGAUGAGAGGUUCAGCCGUGCAAAGGAUGAGUUCAUCCGCCGCAGAGUACGAGAGGAAAACAUGGGUCGCGAACGAUCGGUGUCCACGACACAACGACCUGGCUCGGCACUCGAUCAGACUGCUUGCCCUCCCAGCCCGGAUGAUGAAACAUUCAAUCAGCACCAGAAGGUCGAGGAGUAUCUGGGCACGCAACACGCAGAGUCUUCCGAGAAUAGCCCUGUCGGUGGACAAGAGCGAGGCUUGGCCUUCUGUUCUUCUGAAGAGCAGUUUACGCCCAUGUCACAAUCGACCUCGAACCCCUCAAUUCCAUCUGUAGCAUCCGCCAGCUCUUCAGUACCAGACGACUGUGCACCACUGGACCAAUUCGCCAGCAUGCUACCCACAACGUCUGCUGACUCGAUCGCACACAACCAGUUCGAUGCUCCUGUCGACGACCCUGCCGGCUAUGAUGGCGAUCAUGCUAUUGAGAGCGACGAAGAAGACAGCAGCGACGACGAUGGUGGCCUCUUUAUGGGCAAGAAGAGAACAGCGCCUAAGCCUCGACGAAGCAACUCGAUCUCAAAUGCGGAGCUUGCUCGCUCGAACAUUUCCAAGGAGGUCAUGAGUAGUCGUCAACGCUCAGCACGCAGCGGCAGUAACGGCACUGUCAAGAAGAUCCCUCCGCCUGGUGCGGCGGAGACCUCGGCCGCCACUUCUGCCGACCAGACCCCUGAAGUAUGA